CUUUCAUUUGAGUUGAACGGACUUACAAACACAUAGGCCCCACCCAAUUCUGCACGUGACAUUUACGCUGUGCUCUGGGUAUAAGUGUCAGUAAAGUAUCUUUGGUUUCAGAAGUCCACUUUGUGUGCUUGCUUCUAGCUUACAUCAAACCAUAAGUUGUUACCAACCAUGUCGACGGCAGCGGCACUACGCGGGUUCUCCGCUUCCACAGACAAGAAUGUCAUGAAGCCAUACAUGUGCCUGGACCAGCCGGAAGACCGGGUCAUGUGUGAAUAUAUCUGGAUUGAUGGUACGGGCGAGGGCAUCCGCAGCAAGUGUAGGACGCUCGACUAUGACCCGAAAAAGCCGGAAGACUGUCCCAUAUGGAACUAUGACGGUUCCAGCACAUACCAGGCGGAGGGCUCCAACUCCGACAUGUAUCUCCAUCCUUGCGCCAUCUUCAAGGACCCCUUCCGGAAGGGGAACAACAAACUGGUUCUCUGCGAGGUCUACAAGUACAAUAAAAUGCCAGCGGAGACCAACAAGCGUGCUUCCUGUGUCAAAUUGAUGACAGAAGCCAAGGAUUCCCAUCCGUGGUUCGGCAUUGAACAAGAGUACACUCUGCUGGACUUCGACGGUUAUCCGUUUGGCUGGCCAAAGAACGGAUACCCCGGACCCCAGGGGCCAUAUUACUGCGGCGUCGGUGCUAACAAGGUAUACGGCAGGGACAUUGUGGAGGCUCAUUACAGGGCGUGCCUUUACGCAGGGGUCAAAAUUGCUGGCUGCAACGCUGAAGUCAUGCCAGGACAAUGGGAGUUCCAAGUUGGCCCUUGCGAGGGGAUUGACAUGGGUGACCAUCUGUGGAUCGGACGCUACCUAUUACAUCGUGUUGCCGAAGAUUUUGGAGUGAACGCGACCCUUGACCCCAAACCCAUGGAGGGCGACUGGAACGGGGCCGGUGCUCACUGUAACUACAGUACUUUGGCUAUGAGACAGGAGGGGGGAAUUAAGCACAUCGAGUCGGCGAUUGAAAAACUCUCGAAGAAGCAUGUACGUCACAUCCGGGCGUAUGACCCUAAAGAAGGAAAAGACAAUGAGCGCCGCCUCACUGGCCUGCACGAGACAUCGAGCAUCCACGACUUCUCCGCCGGCGUCGCCAACCGAGGCGCGAGCAUCCGCAUCCCCCGCCAGGUAGCGGAGGAUGGCCAAGGAUAUCUAGAAGACCGGCGACCUUCUUCUAAUUGCGAUCCCUAUACUGUAACGGAAGUAUUGGUGGAAACUACGAUCAUUGAUAAAUAGGAUGUCAUAUCAUGAUUUCGUGACUGCAAGGAUUUGUCUUUGUGUUAUGCUAUUAAGAUUGAAUUAAUUUCGGGAAAGUUCGUUUAUAUCCAAUAUUUUAUUUCAAAACAUAUUAAUUCAUAUGUAAAUACGGCAUUUGACUCUAUUGCCUGGUAUAAAAUGGAAUAAAUAAGACCUUAAAUUUUACCCUUAGGGUAAAUUAAAUGUAGAUGUAUUUUGAUUUCGUUGGUGUUGAUGAAUAAGCAUGGGUAUAUACUUGCAAAGUAACGGUGGAAUAGAGCAGAGUUUUACAUUUUCACCAUACCAUGAAAUGAUAUGUAUCUAAAUAUAAUGUUAUUAGUAUUAUUGUGAAGUAUUGGGGAUAUUGGAUUUAAUUAUACAACUAUAAUCAUAUUUACAGAAUGUUUAUAUUUCUUCUAUUCAAAGAAUACAUUAAAUUCUUAGAAAAUG